AUGCAGCAAAUGGACGUUCUGAUCCUUGGAGCCGGCUGGACGUCGACGUUUCUGAUCCCGCUGUUGAAGGCACGCAGCUUGACUUACGCUGCCACAUCCACGACAGGGCGUGACGACACUAUCAAGUUCAAAUUUGAUCCUUCGGACCCGGAUCCUAGCUACUUCAAGGUCUUGCCCUCUGCUCGCAAUAUUCUGAUUACUUUUCCGCUCAAGGAGAAGGGCCAGGCCCACAGGCUAGUUUGGGCGUACAACUUUACACACCAACACCCAGCAACAAACGUUCGCUUCCUGCAGCUCGGAUCGACUGGGAUUUGGCAGAUUGACCAAGAGACGACAUGGGUAGAUCGACACUCACCUUACAACAAGGAAAAUCCGCGAGCGAUUGCUGAGGACGAACUGAUGUCAAUGGGCGGCUGCGUACUCAACCUCGCCGGAUUGUGGGGAGGAGAAAGACAGCCGAAGAACUGGGUCAGCAGGGUUGCAACUACCAAGGAGCAGGUCAAGAGCAAGAAAAGCUUGCAUCUGAUUCAUGGUGAGNNGGACGUGGCACGGGCAAUUCUUGCAAUCUUUGAGAAGUGGGAGCAUGCCAAGGCUUCAGGCUCACGUUGGAUGUUGACUGACAUUCAAGUCUAUUGUUGGUGGUCACUCAUGGUCGGCUGGGCCAAGGAAGGCAAGCAUGUGGACGAAGAGCCUAGCAAGCAGAGCCAAUGGGUUUAUGAGUUGAUGCAGGAAGAGGAUGUCAAGGCUUUGCCUAGAAACAUGGAGACACUUGGCAGGUGCUACGACACUCGCGAGUUCUGGAAGACCUUUGAUCUCAUACCUUUGAGAAGCAGGAUCUAA